UCUCAGGUAUUUUUCUUUCACUCCUAUCGUUGUGACGCUUCACUCCCCUCCCAGAAGUAUAAAGUCGAUGGAUUUUCCAUCAAGAUUAUUCAUCAAGCUGGAUUACGGUCUUGUAAAAUUCCAAAGAGGAUUAGAGGAAGGCAGGUGACCAUUUUGAGGUUUACUUUUAUCCGCAACAUAGGCAGAAGCUUCGAUCAUCAUGUGUUCCCAGUAUUAUAAAGAAAUUUAGGUGUCAUCUUGGGCAAACUGAAGGAUCAGCGAAGGAAUUACUGGAGGAAGAGUGCAUUCUUCAGAAUCUUUCAGGUAUGGUUGGUGAAGCUAGGCAUCAAAUUGAAUACUACCUCAGAGUGCUUAAAAAUGAAGCAGAGGAUGAAGAAGUUGGAUCAUGUGAGGAGCUAGAAGAAGAUCGUGUUGAAGAAGUUGAGCAAAAGCAGCUAGAAGAAAUAUCUCUUAAUGGAAAUGAUCACAAAUCAGGAUUUGUUGAAUCAAAUGAUAAGAAGAGGUGUCUGAAUGUUGCAUCUGGUGAAUUAACUACAUUGCUAUGCUAUCAGUCACGAAAGAAGUGCAAGCAAGUGGGAUCUUCUGGCCUGAAAUUAGAAUCUGGACAUUCAGCGUUGGAGCUCAAUAAUGACACUGUCACUUCACUGGCAUCUAUUGAUAAUUGUUCUUCCAAAGAAGGUACGGGAAGUUCUGGAAAACGAAGGCGCAGCAGAUGGGAACCACAGUCUGAGGAUGAUGGCGUGAAAGACAAUCAGACUUGCAAGAGGAGGAAAACCAGGUGGUCCAGUGAGGACACUCAACUAAAAUUGCUGGGGCCACUUCAGUUGCCUGACUUCACAAAAGAUUUUCUUCUUGGAUGUGAGAAUAAUCCUGAAAUUCAAGGGCUGAAAGCUGAGCUUUUUGAGACUAAUAGAAGAUUGCAUGGACCUCUUCAUGAUGAUAGGCUUGGGGAGGAAAGAUCUCCAUCACCAGAGCCAAUAUAUGAUGACCAUGGCAUCAGAAUAAAUACAAGAGAAGUAAGACUUCGUCAGAAACUUGUGCAGAAGCGUCAAAGUAUCGUAUCAAAAUUGAUCAAAUCAAAUCCAUGUUUUGGCCCUCCUCCAGAUUACAAGCCUCCGAAACUCUUCAAAAAACUUUACAUACCUGUGACAGAAUAUCCGGAGUACAAUUUUGUUGGCCUUAUAAUUGGUCCUCGUGGAAACACACUGAAGAGAAUGGAAAAUGAAACCGGGGCCAAGAUUCACAUAAGAGGAAAAGGAUGCUCGAAAACAACUAACAUAUCCACCUCUUCUAAAGAGGACUUGCAUGUGUAUAUAGAAGCAGACAACAAAAGUUCUCUGGAUGGAGCAGUUUCCAUGGUUGAAAAAUUGCUAAUCCCAGUUGAAGGAAGAAAUGAGCACAAGGAGGCUCAAUUAAAGGAGCUGGCCACGCUGAAAGGAACAGCUAGGGAUGAAAAUAUGUGCUAUGUUUGCGGUGAUGAGGGACAUCUGUCAUAUGCCUGCCCUGACCUUCAAUCAACUUUUAAAGUGAACUCAUGCUAUACAUGUUUUAGUGCCAGUCCCUUGGAUGUGCUAUCACCACAGAAUGACUCUGUGCAGGGUUCUGGGUUUGGUUUUAGUUUCGGUUCAACACAGAGCAGACAACGGAGGUAUGGAAAGAAAUCAUUGAUGAACAAUGUUUAUGUUGGCAAUCUGCCUCAAGCGUUUGAUGAUAAUAGAUUGUCUGAGCUGUUUUCUCCAUUUGGUAAGAUCCUUGAAGUAAAAGCAAUCAAGGAUCGAACAACUGGAAUUUGUAGAGGUUUUGGAUUUGUUGAGUUUGACAGUGCCGCGGAUGCACAAGUGGCUGUGACUCAUAUGAACGGUUUUAAAAUGGAUGGGAGGGUUUUGAAGGUGAGGAUAGCUAGGCUUUUGUCAAAUGCUGAAGUUUCAAGCUUGAACCUUUUUCCUCAGCGCUCUGGUUCUGCAGGAACAUCCCAAAGUGUUAGAAGCCAAACAGAUCGAUCUGGUCCAUUACAUUUUAUGCUGCCAGAACAUCCAACUUCGCUUCACAACAGCAGUGGCAUGAAUCUUUUUUCAUCCACUCUAAACUCACAGCAUUGUGAUCUUAAGAAGGAUCGAAGCCUUUCCCCUCUAAGCUGCUAUUCAAGCCCUUCUGAUUUUAGUAAUUCUGGCAAAAUGCAUUUUUCAUGCAACUUUUCAGAUCAAAGUGUUUCGUUAUCUGGUGGUUCAAUUCCACAGAGUCCUGGCUCCCAACAUCGGUCAUAUUUUGUGACGCCGCCUCCCGAUAGAGCUGCCCUGCCCAGUCCUGACCACAGAUUAGAAGAUGCGAAUUCUUUCACUUCUUCAUUGCAGAGAUGGUAUUACAGGGCACUUCAUUGA